AUAUCGCAAUUGUUUUCUUGGGAUAAAUGAAUGAACUUUAUGGGAAGACAAUACAAAUAAUUUUUGUUUUAUUAUCAUCUUUGGAUUGGAUUGGUACUUCUGAGUUCCAUUCCAUGAUUGUAUCGUGAUUUGGUCAUUAAGCAUAAGCAACAGACACUUUGCUUUGAAAAGAGAGAGAGAGAGAAUUCAGGAUAUAUUUACAACCAUCUCUAUCUCUAUCUCUAUCUCUAUCUAUCUAUCUAUAGCUAUAUAAACACAUAUACAUACACUUCAUGGCAACGUCUCCGUUCUUUCACGCGCGUUGUUCUUAUUCAUCUCCAAUUUCCAAUUUCAUCAACAACAACAACAAAACCGCUUCUCAACAAAACCCGAUUCUACCCUCAUCUUCUUCCCCUUCUUCUUCAUCCAAUUCCGGUCUCACUUUUCCUUCUGGUACAAACAGUGGACAGAGACACCAGGGCCUUAGAGCUCAAGCUAUGAGUUCUACCACUAAUGGAAACUCUAUUUCUAGCAUGGGAAAUUCUAGGAAUGACCCAGACCAUCUCCUUGUUCUUGUUCAUGGCAUCUUGGCUAGCACAGCGGACUGGACUUAUGCAGAAGCAGAGUUGAAAAAGCGCCUUGGAAAGAACUUUCUAAUUUAUGUAAGUUCAUCAAAUGCUUAUACUAAGACGUUUACUGGGAUUGAUGGAGCAGGAAAGCGAUUAGCUGAUGAAGUAUUGCAAGUUGUCAAAAAGACAGAGAGUCUGAAAAGAAUCUCCUUUCUGGCCCACUCUUUAGGAGGCUUAUUUGCUAGAUAUGCAAUUGCUGUCCUUUAUUCACAUGAUACCUAUAAUAAGGACCAACUUGGUGAUCUUGCACACAGCAUGGCAGGCAAUUCUCAAAGUACAAGCUUUACGAAAGGAGGGAUGAUUGCUGGGUUGGAGCCAAUCAAUUUUAUUACUUUAGCAUCUCCACAUCUUGGUGUAAGGGGAAAAAGGCAGCUUCCAUUUCUGUUGGGCGUCCCAAUACUAGAAAAGCUUGCUGCACCUAUGGCUCCUUUAUUUGUUGGUCGGACUGGUAGUCAGUUGUUCCUUACCGAUGGUAAACCCAACAGACCGCCUCUUCUGUUGAGAAUGGCCUCUGAUUGUGAAGAUCGAAAGUUUCUAUCUGCACUUGGAGCAUUUAAAUGCCGCAUUGUUUAUGCUAAUGUUUCGUACGAUCAUAUGGUUGGGUGGCGCACAUCCUCGAUAAGGAGGGAAAUGGAGCUCAGUAAGCAGCCUCCUCGCCAAUCUUUAGAUGGAUACCAGCACGUGGUUGAUGUUGAAUAUUGCCCUGCAGUCCCUUCAGAUGGCCCUCAGUUUCCUCCAGAAGCAGUGAAAGCAAAGGAAGCAGCUCAAAAUGCGCCUGAUACCCAGAAAACUGUGGAAUAUCAUGAAAUCGUCGAAGAGGAGAUGAUUCAGGGAUUACAACAGUUGGGAUGGAGAAAAGUUGAUGUCAGCUUUCACUCAUCAUUUUGGCCUUUCUUUGCUCAUAACAACAUUCAUGUGAAAAAUGAAUGGUUUCACAAUGCUGGUGUAGGAGUAAUUGCUCAUGUGGCCGACAGCUUAAGACAACAAGAAACAUCGUCAAUAUUGGUUGCUAGCUUGUAACUAGUGUAUAUAAUUUCACUAUGCCUGGGACGUGACUAAACUGCACAGUACAUGAUGAAAAAUUCAGGUGUCACCAAUAUAUUUACAACAUUUCGUCAUGAAAGCAUACGAUACGAGUUUACAGCAGAAAAACAUAUAAUGAAAGCAUAUUGCAGUUUUACUUAAUUGUAAUUAUUAUGCAACUUUGUAGAAUGAUUCAUUAUCACACCAAGAACAUUUUUUUUGUUUGUUUUGUGGAUCAAGAUGACUGGCAUGGAACGAUUUCUUUUUGCAUUUGGAAGAAGUAGGAUACACAUUUGAGUUUCUUCAUUCUUGAACCUGACUGUAUGAAUUGUUCUGAUUGUUCUGAUCUUGACAUGUCAAGUGACUUUUAAAUGAUAAUGAUAAUUUUCAUGGUUAAGUGCCA